AUGCUCACCUACAGAAGGUCAGAUCAUCUUGAAGUGAUUGGCUACUCGGAUUCAGACUAUGCUGGAUGUGUGGAUUCAAGAAAAUCCACAUUUGGGUAUGUUUAUCUAUUAGCUAGAGGAGCAAUUUCUUGGAAAAGUGCAAAACAAUCAGUCCUUGCUACUUCCACCAUGGAGGCUGAAUUCGUGGCAUGCUUUGGGGCCACGGUUCACGCUUUGUGGUUGCAGAACUUUGUAUCGAGGCUUGGCAUUAUUGACAGUAUUGCUAGGCCCAUAAGGAUUUAUUGUGAUAAUUUUGCAGUCAUCUUCUUCUCUAAAAAUGACAAGUACUUAAAGGGUGCUAAACACAUGGAUUUGAAGUAUUUGUCGGUCAAAGAAAAAGUGUAG